CUCUAGCCAUGAAAAUUUUAUCUGUUUGACAACAACAAAAAAACACCACAACAGCACAGUUCACAGUUCACAGGUUUAACCCAGUCGCAGCCAAAAUACACACGCGGCGAAUCUAGCUGGGAUAAUCCGAGCACACACUCCAAAUGGGCGCUCAGUUGGCCGGCGAAACGCGUGCCGAGGGGGGCGGGGUCAAGGGCGAGGGGGCAGAACAUCAUGAAGCCACGGCUAAGCAGGCAGAGAGUUCGGAAAAGUCGGAGGAGUCGCAAGAGCCGCCAAAACAGCCUGAACAGGAGAACCAUAACCAAAACCAGGAACAUCUAGAACCACAACUCGUAUCCAUGGAAUCAUCACCUCAGCUGGUGAGGCACAGAUCGAAAAACAUCACGUCUGAUAUCCAGCGAAUGCCAACGGAGGCCAUCUACGCGGAGUUCGACCGGCUCUUGCAGCAGGUGGCGGGCUCCCUGAAGGAGGUGGCGGAGCCGCCCUGCACCGACGUGGCCGCCCGGCUGCAGAGCUGCCUGCAGACGCAUCGCCAGCGGUCGUGCAACUGCUUCGGGGCCAUGGAGCAGUACCGCAACUGCGUGCUGCGGGCCACCCAGAACCGCGUGGACAACCUGGCCGAGCGGGAGCCGCCGAUGCUGCCGGUGGUGCCGCCCCAGCCGAUGCCACGCCCCCAAGUGCCGCCGCCCAACCAGCGAUCGAAUCGCAGGUGGUGGAAGUUCUGGACCUGGUUCCGCUAG